UUUUAUUUAUUAAGGCAAAUACAUAAGAUGAGAUAUUAAGAGAGUAUUUUUAUGGACAAAGACAAAACGGUAUUCUCAAUUGAGAAAUUAAUACAAUUUAAAAUAUGUACUGAGAUGUGAUUAUGUGAAGAUAAAAUAUGCAUUUUGAAGUGAACUGAAAGACAAGCACAGAGAGGAUGAGCUACGCAAAUCCGUCAACAAUGGCUACCCAUUGCUCAUCAUUCUAUGAUUCUCAAACUCUCCCCUCCAAAUUUCUUCACCGCACUCCAUUCUCUUCUUCACCGUCUUCACAUUUUCGUCACUCUCUCCCUUUCACAUCCAAACCUGUCAAAUCCUCUCAACUCUCUCUGCAGGACCCGAUUCAAGUUCAACCCACCCCUAGUCCAGAUACCCAAAGGAAAUCCUCUCUUUCUUCAUCAUCAUCAUCAUCAUCAUCAUCAUCAUCAAAGAAUUAUAUCUGGGUCAAUCCAAAAAGCCCAAGGUCUGCACAGCUUCGAAAACAGUCCUACAAUUCAAGGUACUCUUAUCUUGUUAAUAUUUCGCAUUCUUUAGACUCAUGUGAUGCAACCCCUGAAGAUGUUUCUAGAAUUUUGUUGGGUUUUGGAGAUAAUUUUGUUGAGCAGGAUGCUGUAAUUGUGCUGAACAAUAUGAACAACCCAGAUACUGCUUUAUUGACUCUUAACUAUUUUCAGAAUAAACUUAAAUUGAGUAGAGAAGCUGUGUUAUAUAAUGUUACAAUGAAGGUUUUGAGGAAAUGUAAGGAAUUAGAUAGAGCAGAGAAAGUGUUCGACGAAAUGAUUGAAAGAGGUGUUAAACCUGAUAAUGUUACAUUUUCUACUAUUAUUAGUUGUUGUAGGAUGUGUAAUUUACCCCAUAAAGCUGUUGAAUGGUUUGAAAAGAUGCCGGCUUUUGGGUGUAAUCCUGAUGAUGUUACUUAUUCUGCUAUGGUUGAUGCCUAUGGAAGGGCGGGGAAUAUGGAUAUGGCUUUGGGUUUAUAUGAUCGUGCGAGGACUGAGAGGUGGUUGAUAGAUGCUGUGACAUUCUCCACUUUGAUUAAGAUUUAUGGGAAGACGGGGAAUUUUGAUGGGUGCUUGAAUGUGUAUGAGGAGAUGAAGGCUCUUGGGGUUAAGCCUAAUUUGGUUAUAUAUAAUACGUUGCUUGAUGCAAUGGGACGUGCCAAAAGACCUUGGCAAGCCAAAAAUAUUUAUAAGGAGAUGAUCAACAAUGGAAUUUCUCCGAGCUGGGGGACUUAUGCUGCUCUAUUACGGGCCCUUUGCCGGGCUCGUUAUGGUGAUGAUGCCGUUAAGGUUUAUAAGGAAAUGAAAGAGAAGGGGUUUGACUUCAAUGUUAUUCUUUUUAACUCUCUUUUAGCAAUGUGUGCUGAUUUGGCUUAUGUUGAUGAAGCUAUACAAAUCUAUGAAGAGAUGAAGGCCUCUAAAACUUGUGAACCUGAUAGUUGGACGUAUUCGUCUAUGAUUACUAUAUAUUCGUGUAGUGGACAAGUCGUAGAGGCAGAGAAUGUGCUAAAUGAAAUGGUCGAGGCUGGUUUUGAACCCAAUAUCUUUGUUUUUACAUCGCUCCUACAGUGCUAUGGAAAGGCCAACCGAACGGAUGAUGUAGUGAGGACUUUCAAUAGAGUUUUGGAAUUGUGUAUAACUCCUGAUGAUAGGUUUUGCGGUUGCCUUCUAAAUGUCAUGACACAAACACCAAAAGAAGAAUUGAGUAAGCUUAUCGAGUGUGUUGAGAAGGCUAAUCAUAACCUUGGUAAUGUUGUUAAAAUUUUAUUAGAGGGUGAAACCAGUGAAGGACAUUUCAAAGGAGAAGUAUCUGAACUCUUUGAUACAAUAAGCAUCGAUGUUAAGAAGGCUUAUUGUAAUUGUUUGAUUGACUUAUGUGUCAACCUUAAUUUGUUGGACAGAGCAUGUGAACUUUUGGACUUGGGGCUGUCUUCUAAAAUUUACACUGAUAUACAAUCAAGAACUCCCUCUCAAUGGUCUUUGCACUUGAAAUCCCUUUCACUUGGAGCAGCUUUGACUGCAUUACAUGUUUGGAUGAAUGACUUGACAAAGGCCAUUGAAAGUGGAGAUGAGCUUCCUCCACUACUAGGUAUUAACACAGGACAUGGAAAGCACAAGUACUCAGAGAAAGGAUUAGCAGGUGUAUUUGAGGCUCAUCUAAAAGAACUUAAUGCACCAUUCCAUGAGGCUCCUGAUAAGAUUGGAUGGUUUCUGACAACAAAAGCUGCAGCCAAGUCAUGGUUGGAGUCUCGAAAGUCUCUCGGUUUAGUCUCUGGUUAGUCUUUGACUGCUGUUGGGGAGGAAUUUAUCAUUUAUUGUUGCAGAGUUAUAGUAAGUGCUUUUUUUGGGCCAUUUCGUUUACAUUACAUCUAAUAGGUAGAGCUAAUCUACUCCCCUUGGUUAUAAUUCUUCAAUAGUUGUGUGACCAAAUUUGGCCUUGUUUGAUUGUAUUUAUUUGUUAAGUUGAAAUUAUAAAAGGAAUUAAUAAGUGCUUCUA